AUGAAACCUAAAAUUCUUUCAUGGAAUGUUCGUGGUUUGAAUGACCCGAACAAGCGCCUCAAAGUGAAAAACUUAUUACGGGAUUGGAAAGCAGAUGUCAUAUGUUUGCAAGAGACGAAAUUAAAACCCAUUGAUAGACACAUCAUCAGAAGCCUUUGGAAUUGCUCUUAUGCAGGCUGGACCACCCUCGACUCCAAGGGUGCUUCAGGGGGCAUUUUAGUAAUGUGGGACAAGAGAGCAGUUAACUUAGUGGAAGAAUGCAUUGGGGAAUUUUCGUUAGCAUGCUCUUUUUCGAAUGUAGAUGACGACUUUGUUUGGGGAUUUGCAGGAGUUUAUGGGCCAAAUGACGACAGUAGCAGGAAAUUUCUUUGGGACAAGAUAGCUGGCUUAUGUAGUUGGUGGGAUAUUCCAUAUUGUAUUGGAGGCGAUUUUAAUAUCACCCGUUUUCCGAGUGAACGCUCAGGGGCUUCUAGCAUGGGCUCAGCUAUGGCUGACUUUUCAGCUCUUCUUUUCGAUUUAGACUUGGUGGAUCUCCCUUUAGUUUGGGGAAAUUUCACUUGGUCAAAUGGGAAGCUUAAAGCAUUGAAGAAUGAUCUCAAAAUAUGGAACUUGGAAACCUUUGGGAACAUCAAUGACCAGCGGGACAAGCUCUUUGCAGAAUUGCAACAAUUUGAUGAGAGAGAAACGGUAAGGGCUCUAUCUACCGAGGAUACGACAAGAAGAAUGAUUGUAACCACUGAGCUGGAAAAAAUUUCCCUUAUGGAAGAAAUCUCGUGGAGGCAAACAUCACGAGCUCUCUGGUUGAAGGAAGGGGACAGGAGCACAAAGUUUUUUCAUCGGGUUGCAAACUCCCAUAGAAGGAACAACGCCAUAGAGGUCAUUCAUGAUGAAGGCAGGGUUAUAUCGGGCCGAGAUGCUAUUAAUGACCAUAUUGUCCACUUCUAUGAUAAGCUUUUGACAGAGCAGUACUCUUGGAGACCUAAAGUGGACGGACUAGUUUUUGAUACCAUUGAACACACAAGUGCGGCUUGGUUGGAGAGGCCUUUCGAAGAAGAAGAAGUGUUUGUUGUGUUAAAAGGUAUGAACAAAGAUAAAGCCCCAGGACCAGACGGUUUCCCAAUGGCUUUCUUCCACGCUUGUUAG